CAUGCCUCUAGAUGCGACGCUUCCGUGCUGGGUUCCGCCCGGCGUGUAGGGAGCAGCCGGCGGCGCCAGCAGCAGUCCAGCCACCUCUGGUCAGCGUUCAGCGCCGGACCCACCGCCCCCGCUCGCCCAGCUAGCAACCAGGGCUGUGAAUGGUCCCGAGCUGCGAUCCGUUCCGGAAGCCGGACACCAUCACCCCGAGAUGGGUCUUUACGGCGCCAGUCGAAUCGAGGGCUUCGCGUCAUUGUUCCCCUCCAACAAGACGCCCGUGACAGCUGAUGUCCUCGAGGCCGGCUGGAUCUUUGCCUUUGCCAUUAUCUACAUCAGCUUCCUGUUCGUUCUACCGGGCUACAAGGGUAAACGGAGGUGGUUCGUCCUGAUCCGGGUCACGUGCAGCUGUGUGGUGGGCCUUAUUCUGAUGCUGGGCAACUUCGGCAUGGAGUGGGAGGUGGCCAGGCUGACGACGAGGGCACCUUACAAAGCGUACACCAGUACCGAGCUGGACACCGCCGCCGUGGGCAUGAAGGUCGGCCUCCGCGGAGUCAACAUCACCCUCUACGUUCCGGAGGACGACGUGCCGCACGAGUUGACAGGCGAGACCAUCAACUACAACGAGCGCUUCUGGUGGAGCUGGGGCCAGGGUCGGCUCGGCUUCGGCCCGUUCGCCGGAGAGAUCCAGCGCGAGUUUCGGCAGGCGCAGUACCGUGGUGCUCCGCUGCCCAUCCUCUGGAUCGCCGAGUACUUCACGCUCGACGGCGAGGGCAUCCGCUUCGGCCGUCACUACAUGCGGGCGGGCUGGUACGCCCACAUCGUCAUCUGGGCGGCGUUCCCCACUUACCUGAUGGCCAACAUCUUCUACUUCAUGGUGCUGCACUACGGCGCCUUCUUCACCUUGCUUACGGGCCUGCUGCAAAUCUGCGGCUGCGUGAUCUGGGCGAGCGUCAGAAACCCCGUGCCGCUGGUGAUCCCGUUCGAGGAUGGCGCUCUGCGCACCUCGUACGGCGUUCACUUCUGGCUCACACUCGUCAACGGGCUAUUCUGCGUUCUGGUUGGUCUGGUGGUGGGCUUCUUGGACUUCCGCUACCCAGACGAGCUGGCCGACUUUUUCGGCAUCGACCCGCUGCAGAACUACGAGGAGCACUACUACACGGCUGAAGAGCUCAAGAUCGAGACAAAGAAGACGGCGAAGGAAGCUUCUCCGGGAAAUGUAGAAUUAGGUGAAAUGCCUCCGGCCACUGCAAAUGACGCAGAAAAUAAACAGGAGGCCGGACACGACCAGGAGGUGACACGGCUGCUGAAGCGGCGCACACGCCUGUCAGUGCUGCAGAAGACCCGGCGGCCGGACGUGGCGCCGCGCACGCGCUUCAUGACCCAGGCCGGCUCCAUCCACGAGUAGGGCGGCGACCCCGCGCCCAGCGGCUGACCGGGCGCCCGGCGGCAGCGGCGCUCCUUGACCUGCGGUCGAGCGCGACCGGUGGUUGCGCACGGCCGCAGCGCACCAGCGUGGCCGCCGACGAACCAGAAGCCAGACGCAGGAUCACACGGCGCGCCAACGCACCGGACGAGUGCGCACCAAACGGGCACGUCCGCGGCGCAAACGAUCGGCGGCGUCGAAGAGGUGUGAGGGCAAGGUGUGAGGUGUGAGGUGUGAAGAGGUGCGAGGGCAAGACUGCCGCAGCAAGGACCAUUGUUUGCUCGAUUUAGUCACUUUCAUUCGGUUCAACUGUGUCCGUUUCCUCCAACGCUCUCUAGAACCGUAAAUGUCCUAUCACGUGUAUGGUCCGAUCACUGUGGCUUUUGAGGCACACGGCCGCACUUUGCUAAUGCCAUGAACAAGUAAUCGAGCUUCCUCCUGGCGUACCUUGAAUUAAUCGUGUCGUUUCAAUAAAUGCAAUGUUAACUUAAAA